GGAGCCGGGGACAAAGCUCCAGUCCUGCUGUGGCUGCAGGGCGGGCCGGGCGGUACCUCCAUGUUUGGCCUGUUUGUGGAACACGGACCGUAUGUUGUGUACAAGAACCUAACAGUUGGGAUGAGGGACUUUGCGUGGACCAGCAGAUACUCUGUUCUGUACAUCGACAAUCCGGUGGGAACCGGUUUCAGCUUCACUGACGACGACAAAGGWUUUGCUCAGAACCAGGACGAUGUCGGCAGAGAUCUCUACAGUGCUUUGACUCAGUUCUUCCAGCUCUUUCCAGAGUAUCAGUCCAAUGAGUUUUAUGCCACSGGAGAGUCGUACGCAGGCAAGUAUGUUCCUGCUGUUUCCUACUACAUCCACAAAAACAACCCGACUGCYAAAGUCAAGAUCAACUUCAAGGGCAUGGCUAUAGGAGACGGACUCUGUGACCCAGAAGUGAUGCUGGCUGGUUACGGUGACUUCCUGUAUCAAACGGGGAUGGUAGACGAGCUGCAGAAACGGUACGUGGACGAGCAGACGGGCCUCGCCGUUCAGCUCAUCCAGCAUCAGAAGUGGGUGGAAGCUUUUAAAGUUUUUGACUCGCUGCUGAACGGCGACGUGGACCCAUACCCCUCCUUCUUCCAGAACGCCACAGGCUGUACCAACUACUUCAACUACCUGAUGUGUCAGGAGCCCGAGGACCAGGAGUACUUCUCUCAGUUCGUGACCCGGCCCACCGUGCGGCGAGCCAUCCACGUGGGCAACCUGACGUUCCACGAUGGCUCGGAGGUGGAGAAGCACCUCCUGCAGGACGUCAUGAAGAGCAUCAAACCGUGGCUGGGCGUGCUGAUGGACAACUACAGGGUGUUGAUCUACAGCGGGCAGCUGGAUGUGAUCGUCGCCGCCCCUCUGACCGAAAGGUUCCUGCCUACCGUGAACUGGACCGGCGCCGCCGAGUAUAAAACGGCCCCUCGCUUCCACUGGAAGGUCCAGCCCAGUGACACAGAGGUGGCAGGRUACGUCAGACAGGUCGGAGAGUUUUACCAGGUCAUCAUACGAGGAGGAGGACACAUUCUGCCCUACGACCAGCCGGCCCGAUCCUUUGACAUGAUUGACAGAUUCUUGUCGACACAAGGCUGGAAGUGAAAAGCUUUGGUUCAAAAAAAACAAGACUGAUUAAAACYAUCUUCGUGGACAUUGAUUGUUCAGUGUUGAUUUAAAGGACUGUUGAUUGACACAACAAAUWAUGUUCUGUGUAUAUUUUGCAAUAAAUGUGUUUUUUUUUAAAUCAAAGGAGAUAUUUGACUUUUAUCUGAAACACAACAGAUGAUUCAGAUAAUUAGUAAGAAAUGUUUCUUGGUUUGAGCAAAAAAUAAUUGUGUUCAGAUAAGCACAGUUACAUCUGAAAUAUUUGAAUUCUGAAAUGACUUGAAAUGAACAGGUAUUUCUGUAUAAAAUGUUGUAGUUUCUACGAAAGAGGAUUAGGGCCACUGAGAAAAAUAAAAGAAUUCUGACUUAAAUCUCAGAAUUCUGACUUUUUACUUUAAUCUUCUGAAAAAAAAAGUCAGAACUCUGACUUUAAACACAAGCUUUUAAAGUCAGUAAAUAUUAAGGCAAAAAUAAAAUGAGGCCUUCUGAGAAAAAAGUCAGAAUUCUCUUUUUUUUUUUUCUUUCAGUGGUGCUAAUCGUCUUCCGUAAGUUUCAAUACUUUCAUUUUCUGCCUAAUUUUAUUCUUGCCUUAAUAUUUACUGACUUUAAAAGCUUGUAGUUCAGAAAAUGUCCACCAGGGGUCACUAGUCCUCAACAAAAACUACUGAAGGGAGAAACAAUAAAAAUACUUUCCUGAACUAUUGUAGAUUUUAAACCUUUUUAAUGUUCAUCUCAAGAAUUAUUUAGUUAAGUUUGAUUCUGAAAUUUCUAAACUUGUCUUAAUUAUCUGACCAAUAAAAGCUUUUCUGUGUUUUUCAACUUAAA